AUGGCCCUGUUGUUACCCAAGCCUCCCAGCCCCCACAGUGCCCUCCCUCCCUACGUCAACCGACAGAAGGAGGAGCCGAGUUUGGAUGGGGCCACAGACUCUGAUUCUGUGAGGACACUGCCCUUUCCAGAUCUGUUGGCAGACCUUUGGCAUCUUCUUGAAAACCAAAGACACAACAGGGCCCAGAGGAAUCUCCCCAAAUGGGAAGCCACUAUCCUUGCACUCAGGCCCAGGCUGGAUGGAGUUCAUGGCCUCUGCCCUUACUCCAGUGGGAAGACGAAGAUGGGAACAGCCGGUGGGCAGACGUCUCCACAGUGGGCCCCAGGCUUCCUCUGCCUGCCCUUGAUUUUCCCAGAGGCCUGCUGGCUCACGCCUGCCAGGAGGCCCAUACAGCUGCGGGAAAGGGGCAGCCAGCUAUGCCCCAACAAGCCUCAGGAAUGGGUCCCCAGCCUCCACCCAGGCACAGCAGAGAACACCGAGGCCAUGAGCCAGGGAACCAGCGUGCAGGUUUGUGGCAUGAAUGAAUGGAAAACCGCCUUCAAUAACCGGGCCCCAUCUAACCAGGCAGGUGGUAGACCAGAUGGCUCUUUGCGCCAGCUUGUGUGCCAAGAACCUCAGCAGGUUGUGAUGCCUUUCUGAGCUCCUUAAAAGCUCCUUCCUAUUCCAGUGCAUCUCAGGCCCUGGAGACCACCUCUCUCCCCUUCCUGUGGUGGGAUCCCUUCCUCCCCCCAGCAUCCCCCACCCCCCGCACCUAGUACUUGGAUCUCUCUUCCACAGUGUAAGCUCUUACUUUUAUUAUGUAACAUAGAACAUCAUUGUA